AUUGUUCCGAAGGUUCUAUAGUGAAUAUUCGGACCAAUGAACCUUCUGACUAUUGCUACGGCCCCAUUUACGUGUACAAAUAGAUUUACUAACAGAGGCAACGGCUUAAUAGAUUAAAGGACUCAAACUGGAGAGAAACCAUCUGUGUACUGGUGUUCUAAAAAGAAAUUCUCUUCGAGAUACUGCUGUGUUAAGCAUGGAAAUACCCAAUUUUAAGAAAAACGUUUUGGAGUUAUCUAAUGGCGAUGGUAUACUACAUGAAUCCUCGGUACACGAAAGAACUCACUCUGGAGUGAAACCAUUCAAAUGCCAGUAUUGUGAAAAGAGUUUUAUAACAAAAAGUAAACGUACAAGACAUGAAAGGACACACACUGGAGAAAAGCCUUUUAAAUGCCAGCACUGUGAAAAGAGUUUUGGCGAGAAAGGAACAUGUAUACAGCAUGAAAGGACCCACACAGGAGAAAAACCAUUCAAAUGUCAGUAUUGUGAAAUGAGUUUUUGUGAGAAAAGUUCAUGUAGACGACAUGAAAGGACCCACACUGGAGAAAAACCAUUCAAAUGCCAGUAUUGUGAAAAGAGUUUUAAAAGCAGACAGGGAUGUUUACUACAUGAAAGGAACCACACUGGGGAAAAACCAUUCAAGUGCAAGUAUUGUGAAAAGAGUUUUAGUUCAAAAAGUAACUGUAUGGCACAUGAAAAGACCCACACUGGAGAAAAACCAUUCAAAUGCCAGUGUUGUGAAAAGAGGUUUAUUGAGAGAAGCAACUGUCUAACACAUGAAAGGAUCCACACCGGAGAAAAACCAUUCAAAUGCCAGUAUUGCGAAAAGAGUUUUCAUUGGAAAAAAAACUGUACAGAACAUGAAAAAGCCCACACUAGAGAAAAACCAUUCAAAUGCCAGUAUUGUGAAAAGAGUUUUAGGACAAAAAGUGACUGUAUACCACAUGAAAGGAUCCACACUGGAGUAAAACCUUUUAAGUGCCAGUAUUGUGAAAAGAGUUUUUGUGUGAAAAGUAACUGUACACGACACGAAAGAACCCACACUGGAGAAAAAUCAGUCAAAUGGCAAUAUUUUGAUAGGGGCUUUAGUGAGGAUGUUUUUUCUCUUCAGUUAAAGACAGAAUUUCAAAUUGAGGCUUCAGAUCCAGGGACAAGGGAAGAAAAGGGUUUUUGUAUUGAAGCCGCAGUUAAAAAGGAGUUGAAAGAUGAUGUUGCUCCAGGAGAAGGACCUGUUAUAUACCCUAUUGCAAUGUUUAGAAAUGUUUUUGCAGACGCUGAUGCAUAAUGUGUAGGAAGACAUAAAAUGAUGUCUGAGACAUUUGAGAUGCACUGGUCUAAUUAUUAGUUUUAAGUUCUCAUGCAUUAAGAUGUGGGUAAAUAAUUUAAAGUGAAAAAAAUGAAUUAUCAGUUGGCUUCUUGUUUAUAGAGAAUUAACUGAAGUAAUAGAUGAUAUUUCAUUCAUUUUCAUUUUCGUUGAUUUUUCAACGAAAAACUGGUGUAUGUCAUAGUGUAUACAUUAGAAAGUAAGGAUGGGCGUUUUACACACUGUUUGUUAAAUCUUGAAUGAAGGAGGUAGAAUAAGGGACAUUUUGCAUGGUUGAAAAAAAUUCAUGCUUCAGAGUCUAUAAGACUUCACAGGAAAAACACUUCAUUUAUCUCAGGUUAAUGAUCCAUCAUGUCAGGGGUAGCACUACAAUUUUUUUUUUUUUUUU